UUUUAUUACGAAUUAUUUCCGGAUAGCAUGGAUAAAUCAGGAAUAUUAUAUACAUAUGAAGAUAAUUUUCGGGCCUAUAAAAUAUUUAUAGCUGCCAAUUAUUCUGGUGCCGUAGUUAAACAAUGUUCUGAUUUCGUUUUUGGGGAAACUAAUAAACAGCCAGAGUUUUUAAAAAGAUUUCCUCUUGGAAAGGUACCUGCCUUUUUAACUACUUCAGGGUUACCUAUAUUUGAAAGCAAUGCUAUUGCUCAUUAUGUGGCAGAUGAAAAACUCACUCCAAAAUUACAUUACCAGCAUUCUUUGAUGAUUCAAUGGAUACAAUUUGCAGAGAAUGAAUUUUUGCCCCAUAUUUCAUCUUGGCUAUUUCCAUAUCUCGGAAUUACAUUAUAUAAUAAACAAGCAGAAGACUUGGCUAUUAAAGAAACCUUAAAAUGCCUUGAGGUGAUUGAAAAUCAUCUCUUAUAUAAUACUUAUUUAGUUGGAGAACGUAUUACCCUAGCUGACAUUGUUUUGUCAUCAUAUCUUGUUAAGCCCUUUAAAAUGAUAUUGACUCCUAAUUAUAGAAAUCAAUUUAAGAAUACACUAAGGUGGUUUAAUACUUUAAUGCAACAAACUGAAUUUAAAAAAGCUAUUGAACCUAUGGUGUUAUGUGAAAAAGCCCCAGUAAUUCCAGCUAUUAAAAAUCAGCAAAAAAUAGAUAUUCCUAAACAAAACAUUUCCAAAGAAAAGCCACAGAAAAAACAAACUAAGCCCAAGGAUGAGGAUGAAGAAGAUGAUGACAAUAUUGGUUUACUUGAAGAAAAAAGUGCAAAGGAUCCAUUUCUCGAUCUUCCUAAAGGAACAUUUAAUCUUGAAGAAUUUAAACGUGUCUACUCCAAUAAUGAAACAUCAGUCUCAAUACCCUAUUUUUGGGAAAAUUUUGAUGUUGAAAAUUAUUCUAUUUGGUAUUGUGAAUAUAUAUAUGAUGAAGAAUUAAAAAAGGAUUAUAUGAGUUGUAAUCUUAUUACAGGAAUGUACCAGAGACUUGAUAAAAUGAGGAAAAAUGCAUUUGCUAGUGUUGUAUUAUCAGGCCAGGAAAACAAUUUUGUAAUAUCUGGAAUUUGGGUAUGGAAAGGACAAGAUUUAGCUUUCAAAUUAAGCCCUGACUGGCAAAUUGAUUACGAGUCUUAUAAAUGGAAAAAAUUGGAUGCUAGAGAUGAAUCUACAAAAAAACUUGUUAAUAGUUAUUUUUCAUGGGAAGGUGAUUUCCUUGGGAAAAAAUUUAGUCAAGGAAAAAUAUUUAAAUAA